CUCUCCAGCCUCGAAGCUGAAACCCUAAUUUCUUGAUGCCAUUGCCAUUGAUAGGCAAGGUUGUUCGUUUAGGGUUGUGUCUGCCUGGUUGAAUCAAAUAGUGAAUUGUUACGAGGCUUCACGUUAGACCUCAAUUUUGUGGAGAAAGCCCGCGAAGGGCCCGCUACCUGCUUGUAUGCUCAAUUCCUAAGGGUAUCACAUAACGCAACGUUGUCUAGGGUUGAUUUGGAAUCGCCAUUUGCUAGAAAGGCAGCAGCUGCAGCAUCGAGCCACCGUGUCCCACUUUUCAGCAGCUCCCGUUAUCAGCGUCCAGUACGACUAGUGAAUGAAUCGGGAGUCCACUUCAAAAUUUGUUAUUGGAUUCGUUACUCGCUAAAAGUGCCCAGAUGUAACGCCCAGCCAUGGUGUCGCGUUUCUCAGUUGCCAUGGGGUCGCGCUUUUUAACAUCCAGCACGACUGUUGCACCGGCUGGUUCCUUAGAGCGCUGUCCAAUGUAACUUAAAGCCAGGGACCCAAGUGUCUAGAACUUGGGGAAAGUGAUUUACAGUAGGUUGGGAAACCAGGUUUUGUGUCGUGAGGGUGCGUGAAUUGCAACACUCGCAGGCGAUUUCACUGGUGCCUACAGCUCACCGGCCAAUCAGUAGUUUUAGUCCCAACCAACUGUUUUACAGUCGUUACUCGUUGGUGGAGGCCCCAUUUGUAGCAGCGAGUCCAGUAGGGGUAACACCGAGCCAUGGUGUCGUGCUUUUCCGUCGAGCCAAUUCACAACGACAAGUACGAUUAUUGUUAUAUCGAGAUUGAUCAUCUCCAUCAAGCAUUGCUGAUGUAAUUCGGACUCGUUAAUAAAGGCCUCACUUGUAGCAGCGAGCCAUGGUGUCGUGCUUCUCCGUCGCGCCGAUACACAACGACAAGUACGACUAUUACAUCGACGAUUACAUCUCCGACGAUGACCCGAACCUCGACCCGGACGUACGUACACUUCGCAAGGCGAAGCAGCGGCGGUACGAGGAGCGGCUCGCGAGGGAAGCGGCGAAAGCGGCGGAGGAGCGGGAGAAGAUCCGGCAGAGAGUGGGGGGAAUGGUGGUGGUAGGGGUGGAGGCGAAUGAUGGCGAUCAGAGGGUCGUGGAUUUCGCGAUGGAGAAUUUGGUGCGGCGAGGGGGGAAGCUGGUGCUCGUGCACGUCGCCACUGUCACUCCUCUGGUGCAGUCCGGUCCAGGCCGGGGCGAUAAGCGCGAGGUGAAGAGCAAGGAGCGGGCGUGGUGGGGCGGCUACAACCUGCACAUGUCGCAUGAGGUCGCACGCCUGCUGAAACCGCACAGGCGACACUGCAGAGCCGCUGGGAUGGAGGUUGAAGUGCGCAUAGUGCGAGGCAAGUCAGUGCCGCACACUCUACUCAAAGAGGCUGCUGCUCUCUCAGCAACCACGCUGCUGCUGGGGGGCCAGGGGCGGAGGGGCAAGGGCAAGGAGAGUGCGCCGGGGGGAGGGGAGGGCGCGAGCGAGGAGCGGAGGAGGAGGGAGGCGGCAGCAGCAGGGGGGUUGAGUCUGGUGGAUGGGGUGCAGAUCAGCAGGGCAAGGCACUCAGGCACCAACACGGCCAGCUACUGCUCCAGGCGGCCCCCGAUGGGGUGCGUGGUGCUGGUGGUGGACGCCUCGUCUUCGCGCGUGGUGCUGCAGUCAGGCAACGUUGACUUCCGCUACCCAAAUGAUCCUAUCAGGGGUAGGCUCCGGCCAAGUGCCAGCCGCGCUCGCACUGUUGGUGCUGGUGCUGGGGGUGGGGGUGCUGGUGGCGGGGAUGGGGUUGGAGGUGGGGGUGCUGCUGCUGGUGGCGCAAGCGCUACUGGUGAUAUUGUCGCUGUGCCUGCCGCUGCUUCGACAAGCUCGUCUACCGAUGCUGCUGCUGCUGCUUCGGCACCCACUAAUGGCUCGCCUGCACCUAUCACUGCUUCCCAUGGUACUACUGCCGCGUCGGCUACCCCUGCUGCUGCUGCUGCUGCUGCUGCUGCUGCUGCUUCCUAUGCUGCUCGCACUGCUGCACGGAGCACGUCUGUCAGCACCGCAAUCGCUGUGGCCGCAGCAGCGGCUGCAACUGCAGUCAGGGCAGGGUCGGCUGGUGCCUCUGCGUGGGAGGCUCCUCCCUCUUCCACUGCCCAGGCUGCUGCUUCUUCUGCUGCUCCUACCGCUGCUUCAGCUGCUGCUUCUGCCAACUCCCCUCCUGCCCCUCCUGCCUCUGCUGCUGCUACUGCUGCUGCUGCUGCUGCGUCAACCCCCCCUGCAGCAGCAGCUGCUGAAAUUGCUGGAGAUAUCGCUUCUGGUAUGGCUGGUAGGAAUGUCUAUUCGCCUCAUCCCUCUCCUCCUCCCUCGCCCUCCCAUUCUUCUUCCUCCUCUCUGUCGUCAUCAGCUAUUCCCGUCGCUUACCCUCCUUCUUCCGACCUCACUGCUGCUGAUGCUGCUGAUGCUGACACUGACGCUGCUGCUGAUACCGAUGCUGCUCUUACUGAUGCUACUGCUGGUCCUUGUGGCACAGCACGAGCUUUUGCUGCUGCCAGUGGUGCUGUCAGCACGGGCGGUGCUGCUGCUGGCGGCUUUAUCACAGCAGCUACAGCAUUAGGCAGCAGCAACCACUCGCAAAAACCCACACCCAGGACUGCUGCAGCAGGGUCUCCGGGCGGUCUGCCAGCACACACGCUUAAAGCCAACACAGUCUACUACCCCCCUGGAGCAAUGCCAUACAGCAGUGCCUUCUCGGGUGGUUACAUUGUUGCCAAUAGCCAUCAUCAUCACCAUCAGCUCACUCCCUCCUCCUCUCUCUCCUCCUCCCCUUCCAUCUUACACACUCGCUCGUCUCACUCCUCAAGCUCGUCCAGUACCCUUUCCCACCCUCCCUCAGCCUGUCAGUUGCAACCCGCACCAGUGUCGGUAUUAGUGCCCGUACCCGUACCAGCAGCAGCAGCAGCAGCAGCAGCAGCAUUAUCAGCAAAGAGGCCUGAACCAGAGAGAGUGAUGGUAUCAGAGGGAGUGCCAGCGUGGCGCUUGGGUGGUGUUGACGAUGCGGCGAGCGUUCAGAGCUACAGAAACAGCCUUCAUGGGGUGAAGGAGGAGGACGAGGGGGAGGAGGAGGAGGAGGAUGGGGAGGAGGAGGAGGAGGGAGAGGAAAAGAGAGAGGAGGAAGAAGAGGGGGAGGAGGGAGGGGAAAGAAGGGUGGUGGAAGAGGAGGGUUGUGAGGAGGAAGGGGAUGGAGAAUCCAGUUGGAGUAGCUGUGGGAGUGGUGGGAGGGAGUUGGAGGAGAGGGGGGAGAGGCGGGGGGUGAGGAGAGAGGAGGGGAAGGAGGGGAGGGGAGGGGAGGAGGUAGUGGUGGUGGAAAGAAGCUCGUCCGUAGGGCAACCAGGGAGGGUAGAAGAACGACAAGGGGGGCUGGAGGGGGGAAGGAAAAGGCGAGCACAUGUGGUUGUGUGUGAAACGAUUGAAGAUAAAUGGCAGCAGCAGCAGCAGCAGCAGCAGCAGCAGCAGCAGAGACAGCAGCAGCCGCAUACUCAGCAGGUUUUGGAGGGGAGAACUCUCAGUGAAACACGUGCCUCAGGUCAUACUCUUGUGAGGCAAGGCAGCAGCAUGAGCAGCAGAAGCAAUGGCAGCAGGAGCAUUGGCAGCAGGAGCAAUGGCAGUGGCAGCAGUAAGGGGGUGAUAGCAGGGGGGCAGCAGUAUACUCGGCCCAGCCACAGCAGAGGGGGUGGCAGCUGGGGAGGGGCAAGCCUAGAUGGGGGGAGGAGUGUGGAUGGCAGGAGUGUGGAUGGCAGGAGUGUGGAUGACAGGAGUGUGGAUGGCAGGAGUGUGGAUGGGAGGAGUGUGGAUGGGAGGAGUGUAGAUGGGAGGAGCAUAGACGGCAGGAGUGUAGACAGCAGGAGCACCACCAACACCACAGUCACCAACACCACGAGCAGAUAUCUGUACAGACCACUAGAAAGCCUCACCUCUUGUUCUUCAUCAGUCUCCUCCUUCUCCUCCCUCACUCCCCCCUUCACUCCCCCCCACCACCCCCACCACCACCCCUCUCGGCCCCCGCCCAAUCGCCCAUCCUUUCGAGGCAGACUAGGGUCUGGGGGGGUGAAUGGGCCAUACCCUUCUGGUGAGCUGGUUACCAACAGUGGGAUGGUUACAAAUAGCCGGCUGGUUACGAACAGUGGGGCAGUAACUAAUGGUAGCAGCGGGUGUUACGAGAGUGGGAGUGUGAGUCGGUUUAUGGAGGAGAGUGAGAGUGUGAGAGUGGUUUCUGACUUGGCAAACAUUAACAUAGAGCAUAGCAGCAUGCACAGGCAUAAAAUCUUUGAGGAUUCCCAAAACGCAUCUGACUUGGUGACAAACAUUAACAUAGAGCACAGCAGCAGCUGUAGGCAUAGGCAGGGAGGGGCCAGUCGGAGAUUGGACCAGGGGCUAAGGGAGGGUGGGCAGAACGAACCUGAGCACGGACAAGGGUGGAAGCAGGGGCAGGGGCAGGGGCAGGAGCAGGAGCAGGAGCAGCAGGAGCAGGAGCAUGGUCCCGAGCAUAGUCGAUUUUUGAGGCGCCUCAAAAAUCAGGAGCAGGAGCAGCAGGAGCAGGAGCAUGGUCCCGAGCAUAGUCGAUUUUUGAGGCGCCUCAAAAAUCAGGAGCAGGAGCAGCAGGAGCAGGAGCAUGGUCCCGAGCAUAGUCGAUUUUUGAGGCGCCUCAAAAAUCAGGAGCAGGAGCAGCAGGAGCAGGAGCAUGGUCCCGAGCAUAGUCAGAGCCAGAGGCAGGGGCAGGGGCAAGAGCAGGGGCAGGGUCAGGACCAGUUGAGAGUAGAUGCUGGGCCACAAUGGCAAUCAGAAGGGAGUGUGAGAGAGGAAGCAGCAGGGAGCGGUGAGAUGGGGGGAAGCGGGACUGAUGUAGUGGAUGCUGGCCGGGUAGCAGCAGGUGGGGUGGCUGCAGGCCAGGUGGCGGGAGCAUGCCAGGUGGCGGGAGGGGAUGGGAGGAAAGAUGAGGGCAAGGGUGGGUGGAGUGUGAUGGGAUUGCUGAAGCUGGGGGGAAGAAGCUUUGGUCAUGAUACUUCCACUGCUGCUGCUGCUGCUGCUGCUGCUGCUGCUGCUGCUGCUGCUGCUGCUGCUGCUGCUGCUGCUGCUGCAGUUGCAUCCUCGGAUCCUCAUAUUUCAUCCCAAGUUGCAACUGCUGCUGCCGACUCCACUGCAGCUGCAGUGACUGGCUCCCCUGGCUUGACAGGCUGGUUCAAAAUCUCGUCCAGUGCACACCAGCAGAGGGGCACUCUUCUUGGUGCAGUAUCAGAGAACCAUGGGGAAGCAGGUACGGACGCAGGCACGGGUGCAGGCACGGACGCAGGCACGGGUGCAGGCACGAACGCCAAGGCAAACGCCCCUCUCCAUGCCUGUGUUUCUGGGGACCUGCCAGGUGCACCGUUGCAGCCCCUAGACGUUCCUCAUGGGGCGAAAUGCCCCCCAAUGGAUGCCCUUCAUCGCCCCACUCACAACAACCCUCUUUUGAACCGCCGGCCGUGGCCCAAGCACCUCCCAGCGCCCCUUGCCCCGCACUCAAUUGUAGAGCAUGGAGAGCAGGGGGAUGCAGCGCGCUCAGCCACUCAAGCCUCGGUCUCAUCUGCACAGUCCUCACUUCCUCACACCACGCAUGCUACUCACCAGGGUCAAAAUGACCUCACCUCUCCCCGCCAUCUACCUUCUGCUGCUGCAGCUGCUGGUGCCGCCGCCGCCGCCGCCACUGCCACUGCUGCCGCUGCUACUGCCUCUGCUGCCGCUGUCCGCAGUGCUGAUGGUGCUGCAAGUGGUGAUAACAAGGCUGUUCCCACUGCUGCUGCUACUGUUGCUGCUGCUGCCACCGUCUCUCUAGCUGCUGGCUCGCAGGCUGCUGCUGCGCAGCUGCCGAAGCAGGCAUCAGGCACUCGCAAGCCCAGGCGAAACCAUCCAAAAGGAGUUACCCCAGUAGCUACUUCCUCUGUCGCUUCCCCUGCUGUGAACCCUGCUGCUGCAUGCAAACCCUUAGAGUCUGCUCAGUCUGCCACUGGAGCUGCUGCUGCUGCUGCCGCUGCUGCUCCUGGUGGAUUGGGUUCUCUCAGGCCCCCUGUUCCUGCAGUCUCUGGAUCUUCAUACGAUCUGGCUUCUCGGUUUGAUGUUCCAAUCCCUUCCUGUGCCCCUGCUGCCUCUGCUGCCUCUGCUUCUGCUUCUGCUUCUGCUGCAGCAUCCAAGCAGCCAAUACUGCCAGAUGCCCUUCUCAAUCACGUGUUUCCCAAGCAUCAGGCAGAGCAGCAGUCGCAGAAGCAAGCAGGGCAGCAGUCAAAUGCUGCAGGUACAGGCCAACCCCUCCCCUCCUCCUCGCCCUCUCCCCACCCCGUUCCGCCCCUUCCCUCGCACGCCCCUCCCUCCCGCGUCUUCUCCCUUAAAGAGCUCGUUGCAGCCACGGGCAAUUUCGCCCGGGAAAACAUGAUAGGCAAGGGGGGUUACGCGCACGUGUAUAAGGGGAAGCUCAAGCUUGCUGCAGGGGGGAGCACGGGCGGCAGCGGCGUGGGGUUGAGGGGAUCUGGGGGUAGUAAGGUGGUGAGGGUGGCGGUUAAGAGAGUGUAUAAGAAAGGGCGGAGUAGGGACAAGGAUGGGAAGAAGGGUAAGGAGGAGGCGGAGAAGCAGAAGAAGGGAGAGAACGAUGGAAAAGAGGCGGACGUUGGAGGAAAGGUAGGAGGAAAUGGCGAGGAGGGGAGAGAUGAGGGGAAAGGAGCCGGAAAAGAGGAGGAGGAGAGCGAGGAUGAGGAGCGUAGAAAGGAGCGAGAAGCAGAGGAGAACGAGCGGUUUCUUACCGAGGUGCGAAUAGUGGAGCGAGCGGGCGUGCACCCGAACAUAGUGAAGCUUCUAGGAUACUGCAUGGAGGGCGGCGAGCACAUCAUGGUGUAUGAGCUGGCGGGGAAUGGCAGCGUGGAGCGCAACUUGCACUCCAAGACAAGGGAUGUGAUGCCGUGGGAGCGGCGCGUGCAAGCUGCGAUCGGGGCGGCGAGAGGGCUGGCGUAUCUUCAUAGUGGGUGUAGGAGCAGUGUAGAUGGGAGCAGUGCAAAUGUGGCAGCAGAUGAGGGCGCAGCCAAGGGAGCAGGAGGAGAAGGAGGGGGAGGAGGGGGAGGAGGGGGAGGAGGGGGAGGAGGGGGAGGAGGGGGAGGAGGGGGAGGAGGGGGAGGAGGGGGAGGAGGGGGAGGGGAAGGAGCCGUAGCAGCAGCAGCAGGAGGAGGAGGAGAGGGAGAGGGGCGCAUAGUGCAUCGGGACAUCAAGACAGGCAACAUUCUAGUGGGCACCGAUUGGCAACCGCUGGUUGCUGAUUUCGGCCUCGCUCGCUGGAUACCCUCGCCUCCCCCACCCACCUCUACAUCCUCUUUACAAGCCUCCUCGACAUCCUCUACAAAUGGCUCUUCUAAUAAACCCGCUAUUGAUGGCUCCAUUAAGUCGCCUAUAGAGGGUACGGUGGGGUACAUGGCUCCAGAGUACUUCCUAAGGGGCCGGCUUUCCACCCACACCGACACAUACGCGUUUGGAGUGCUGCUGUUGGAGCUUAUAACGAGUCGCAGGCCCGUGGACCCCAGGCGGAGCAAGGAGGAGCUUGAUCUGGUGCAGUGGGCCCUCCCCCUCCUGGACUCUGGUCGCCUGCACAUGCUAGUAGACCCGCGUCUAGAGGGAUCUGUGGAUGCCUCCUCUCUGCACCGCAUGGCUGCUGCUGCCAUGCUCUGUCUGCGCCACACCCCCUCCCUCCGCCCCUCCACGCACCAAGUCACUUUGCUGCUGGAAGGGGCCUCCCUGGAUUACAAGCAGUUGUACCUGCACUGGACGAGUCUGCGGGACCCUGCUCGGCCCACUACGGCCGAGAGCAAACGAAUGGCUGCUGCCAAAGCUGCGGCGGUGGGGGGAAUACGUAAUAAGGAUCAGGAAGAGAAGAGGCAGGAGGAUGAUGUUAAAGAGGGACAAAAAAACAUGGAGAAGCUUCAAGAAAUGGGAGCAUGAUCAUUGUUGGCUGUUGUAAGCUAUGAAUGUGCUAAUGUAUGCUUGUAAAUGUGGUCCUGGUUCAUAGCGUUGUUUUCUGU